AAGCACCGAAGAAAAAGAGGGAAGAAGGGGACGCAAAGGGCUGAGCCCCACAGUCUUACUAUCGAUGACCAACUGCACAAAAAAACGAAUAACUGGAAUCUACACCAUCCCCUCCGCCACACAAGAUCCAACCCCCCUUCCCCAGCUCUCCUCCCCCUCGCCUCCUCCUAUAUAUACACACGUACCUUUCUCUCUUCUUCGUUUUCUUACUCUUCUUCCCUCUCACUACUGCCCCCUCCUCCUCUCUCCACACACUCCGUCCCUCUCGCACUCUCGCCACACUGCCAGACCAUGGUAAACGAUGAGUGGGUAGGAGCGGCCAUGACAAAUGACAUGGUGGUCGUCGAGCUUCUGAUUCAUCUCAGGCAGUCCCAGGCCGCUUCCCGCUCUCCCAAAUCUCGCCCUCUCACCGCCGCCGUCCUCCCCCUCUCUUGGGGCCUCAAGCAGCCGCGUUCCAGGCUUACGCCCAGAUGGAAGGACGCCGAUACUACCAGAUGCAGCCCCACCACGCCCCUCUCUUGGAGUGGCGCCGCCUCUCCUUCCCUCACCGCCGAUGGUUAUGAGGAAUCUAGCCGUCCCUCUCUUGUUUCUCACCAAGCCUCCAGAUCCAAGGCUUCAGCUACUGCUACGAGCGAAUGUACCGGGAACUCUGCCUCCGCCAAGAGAUGUAAACGAAAAAAGACCUUUGCUGAAUUGAAGGAGGAGGAGAGCGUCCUGCUGAAGGAAAGGAUAUAUUUAGAAAAGGAGAUGGCAACUCGGAGUGCAACCUUUAGGGAGCAGAGGGCUAGAAACGAGAGCUUGAAGAGAAUUAAGUUUGAUUUAGGUCUCUCAUCUAAGAACGAUCCGAGUUCAGCGUCUGAGGAAAAUACACUUUCUAAGGUCCAAACACAAGCAGCAGAGGAUGGUGAGGAUCUGCCAUCCGGUUGGAAGGCAAGUAGGACGGAGUCGUCGGGGGAAAGUGGUUUCUUGAUACCGGAUCUUAAUAUGAUGCCAUCGGAGGGUGAUUCCUCUUAUGUGGAAUGAUGAGUUGGAAUAUGGUCCUUCUUGGUUUCGUCGUCCAGUAAAAAAAGUCUCGUAGCGUGAGCUGGGAAGAGUUAUAUCAAGGAAAACCGCAGUCCACAAACGACGCACAGGCCCGAGGGAAAGGCCCGCAUUUAAUGGACCAAGCAAUCAGAUGAUGAGGCAACUUGAAAACCAUUUCCCAUUCUUGUUCUAGGUUCAGUGUAGAAAUCCUACUGGCCAAUGGUUGAAGGCUGUAAAGAUUUUCAUGUUGCAGGUCUCCGAAACUUCUGGUGGGGCAAAAGUAAAACCUCUUUACUUUUUUGAUUUCGGAAUUUGUUUCCUCUUAAAUGUAUCAUUCUUUGUAGGUUAAAAAGUUCUUGGAUUCGAUCAAAGUUGCUUUGGUUAAUCUUAUACGAUCGCUCAAUCAUAGGUUGCUUCGUCUUCACUCAUCCAGUACUCUUGAUGUAUGGCAAUUUAUUAUAAUAUCCUCGACAUAUCAGUA